AUGAGCCUCAUCAAAAUGAAGGGCUCCAAGCUAUGCUUGAAGAGCUAUGAUAACAAUGGGGUUGUCAAUAAUGUCUUCUUCGUACAAAAGGACCUACCGUGCCCAAACCUGCUGGGAAAGCUACAAGAUCUUGGGGCCGUUGAGGCGGUAACCCCCGACAUGGUUGAGGUGUCAAUCUCCAGGUACUUCUUGUACAUCUUCUUGGUCGUUCUUCUCAACUACUUCAUGAUCAGAAAGCAGCUCAACCCGAAGUCGAACGGUGAUGCCAAGAACCAGGGGUCUACCACCAAGUUCAAGCCGCUGGCAUGGAUUCAGCGCAGCGAAUGGAACCGAGCUCGUGCCGUCAUCUUUUCGAGCUGGAUGAUGAUCCUUCAGUUCAGCUUCUCCCACGAUGCCUGCACACUAGCAAGUGUUCUGACUUACCAAGCAUAUUUGGCGAAUCUGGAAUGGACAGAGCCCUACGUCUUCAGCUCAUUCAAUGCCGCCAUCCGCAUUCUUCUUUUCACACUCGGUACUUUUGGAAGCUUAUGCCCUAUGUACCAUACCAUGAAGACUCAGUUACAAUACAUACGUGCUCUCAUAGACCUUGAACUUUCACCCGAGCAGACAACCAAGGAUGAGAGUUCGGUACCUCAAGAACUUCCAUCCUCUGCUCCUCCAAGCUCUGUCCUUCGCCAGACAUCCCCUUACCUGGAGACAAGCCGGGAGAGUCCCUGUGAGCAUGAGAAGCGUGCCAUGGAAACUGCUCCUAAAAGGCACGCCCCAACUCCUGCCUCUCUUGUCCUCCCUCCAAGAAGCGAUCACACGCCCUCAAGGACAACUGCUCAACAGCCCACCUCUGAAACUGGUCAGCAGGGUUCUCAAACAACUGCUCCUCGCCUUUCACGCAGUGCCCCGGCAGGAAACGCGCCGCCGUCCUAUGCGGAUUCCACCACGAACGGCGCAAACGACGUUAGCCACCAGGCAGCUUUUGAUGCUUUACUUAGGCGGCUAAAUGCUCCCGCUGUAUCUCGCCAGCGCCAACGAGCCUUCAAAAGCAGGCCUGCUUCCAGCUCCACAGGGAGGGUGCCAGUAGGACAAGCAUUGGGGGGAGAUGCAGCGACGUCCUCAGAUUCUCCAGCUCAAUCUGAAGACUGGGAAUACGUCCGCCACGAAGAAUGA